UAAAGAAAUGUUUCUCUAAAGGUCGAAUCUCCUUCUUUUCCGCUUUAUUAAUUAUUAAAGAACAGUGUGAAUAACAUAUUCAAACAGUUCUAAGACAGAGAAAAAGAUUAUAAAUAGAUAUGUGCAUGAAUUUAAAUGUUUAAAGAGCAUUACAUUACAUUGAAUUUUGUGAUUGUUCCUAAUACUGAGUUAUAAUUUGAAGUCGUUUAUAAAGUUUGGUCUACAUCAAGCCCCCUUUCCCUCAUGCAUGUGCCAUUUCCAUGAACAAAUUAAAAACAUGUUGUGCUUUACAAAUCCAGUCCUCAUUAUCAGAAUAAAACAAUACAUCAAAUCAUAUCAUAUAUCAUAUCAAAUCACACACUUCAUUUGUUUGUUAAUAAACAAUUUCUCGGAAGGUCAAACCCAGCAGACCGCCGCGUGGGGCUUUGACGUCAUGCUCGUGCUCGCGGUUACGCACAGCGCCCCCUUGCGGCGUCAUACUGCGUGACGUCACUUCAGCACCGUAGAGGAGAAACAGCUCCUUCCGCUCGACUAAUGGACCCGAAUCCGUGACCGACCGAAAACACGACGAACAGGAGGAGAAAACCGGAGGAGAAGCGGCAGAAAUACGGCAGCAGAUCCGCGGGACAUUUGACGACCGUCAUCACCAUCCGGAGAGCAGAGGUGUGUUGACCUGCUGCGGUGCCCGUUCUGAAGGGUGGGUAACUCAGAGCUCCACCCGACCCCUUCUGCCCCCAUGGCUUGUGUCCAUGAGCAGCAUGCCCCAUCCCCGUCCCUCUCCGGCUUCACCACGCCGCUCUCCGACCCGCCCUUCUGCCGUCCUGACCCUGAGGUUCCGGCCAGCACCCCGGACACUGAGCUUACCCCGACCCAGUGCGUGCUGCGUAACGUGCUGUCCAUCGACCCCGUGGGCGGCGGCAGUGGCACCCACAGCAACAGCCCCACCCUGAGUGAUGAGCCCACCAACUUCUCCAACAGCGUGCUGAAGCUGCAGGAGGGUGGAGCGGAGGGCGGAGCGGUGCGCAGCCAGGCCGACAGCUUCAGACUGCAGCCCGGCGGAGGAGGCUUCCUGGAAGGCCUGUUCGGCUGCCUGAAGCCCGUGUGGACCAUGAUCGGAAAAGCCUACUCUACUGAACACAAGCAAAGCCAGGAGGAGUGCUGGGAGGUGCCGUUCGAGGAGAUCUCGGAGCUGCAGUGGGUGGGCAGCGGCGCUCAGGGCGCAGUCUUCCUGGGCAAGUUUCAUGGAGAGGAAGUGGCAGUGAAGAAAGUCAGAGACAUCAAGGAGACGGAGAUCAAACACCUGCGCAAACUCAAACAUCCCAACAUCAUCACCUUCAAGGGUGUGUGUACACAGGCUCCGUGUUACUGCAUCCUCAUGGAGUACUGUGCGCAGGGUCAGCUGUAUGAGGUGCUGCGUGCGGGCCGGAAGAUCACGCCGUGCCUGCUGGUGGACUGGGCCAUGGGCAUCGCCGGCGGCAUGAACUACCUGCACCUGCACAAGAUCAUCCACAGAGACCUCAAGUCUCCAAAUAUGCUGAUCACACACGAUGACCUGGUGAAGAUCUCCGACUUCGGCACGUCUAAAGAGCUCAGGGAUAAAAGCACCAAGAUGUCGUUCGCUGGCACCGUGGCCUGGAUGGCACCGGAGGUGAUACGGAACGAACCUGUGUCUGAGAAAGUGGACAUCUGGUCAUUCGGUGUGGUGCUGUGGGAGAUGCUGACCGGGGAGAUCCCCUAUAAAGAUGUGGACUCGUCUGCUAUCAUUUGGGGUGUCGGAAACAACAGCUUGCAGCUCCCUCUUCCAGACAGCUGCCCUGAUGGGUUCAAGAUCCUGCUCAGACAGUGCUGGAACUGUAAGCCCAGGAACAGGCCAUCGUUCCGGCAGAUUCUGCUUCAUCUGGACAUCGCCUCCGCAGACGUGCUGUCCACCCCACAGGAGACGUACUUUAAGUCUCAGGCGGAGUGGCGAGAGGAGGUGAAGCAACACUUUGAGAAGAUUAAAUCUGAGGGCACGUGUCUGCACCGUCUGGAUGAAGAGCUGAUCAACCGGCGCCGAGAAGAACUCAGGCAUGCGCUGGACAUCAGAGAGCACUACGAGAGGAAGCUGGAGAGGGCCAAUAACCUCUACAUGGAGCUCAAUGCAGUAAUGCUUCAGCUGGAGCUCAAGGAGAAGGAGCUGCUCAGGAGGGAACAGUGUCUGGAUAAGAAGUACCCUGGUCUGUUCAAGCAUCACACCUCAAACACAGUGGACAAACUCAUCAAGAAGAGAAGCGCCCCGCAGAAACUGCCGCCUCACGGCAAGAGACCGGACCUCCUGCGCUCAGAGAUCAUCCUCCCCAAGAUGGAUGCCGGAGUGCUGCAAGUGACUGUCCCGCCAUGCUCAAACCGAGGAUCUACCUCACCCAGUCGGGCACGCAGGGUCAAAACCCGUCACCGGCGGGGCGGCAGGGGGAGCAGCGGGGAUCUGUCGGGACCCAAGCACCCUUCUGCCCCUGCCAGCCGAGAGCGCGAGCCUGUGGCCAACACUCCUCCGCCUGCUGCGCCUAUCGCCGAGAGCGUUUCCGGAUCCACCAUGAGGGAGGGUCAGCUGGAGCCGCCGCCACUGAAGCUGUCCUCGUCCAGCCCGGACCUGCUGAGCUCCACCCGUCGAGUCGAAGACGGCGUCAGCGGGGUUGCCACACCCGAAACCCUGGGCCGGGACCCCCGCGGGGGUGCAGAGGCAGGCGCCGGGCUGGACGAGACUCCGCCCAGAAGUGACACGGCCAGUGAGGACGCGGCAUCAUUGCCCUUCUCCAGCAGCCCGGACUCCCCCUGUUGCGGGCGGAGCGGUGCCGUGGGCAGACCACAGGCGGAGGAGCGGGAGGAGGGCCCCGGGGCUGUGCGGCUGCCCAGAGGAUCCAGCGGGAGCCACCUGACGCCCUCCGCCAUACUCUACCGCGCUGCUAUCACACGCAAACAGCGCCGUGGUGUUUCCUCAGAAGAGGAAGAGGGCGAGGUGGACAGUGAGGUGGAAUUACCAAGAAGACGACGGCCAACCAGUAUAACCAAGUGCCAAUCAGUGUCCACGUUCAGCUCAGAGAACCUGUCGGUUUCAGAAGGCGAGGAGGGCCACACCACCGACCAUUCCCACAGCGGGACUCCAGACGUGGUCAGCACCAACACUGACGAGCGGCUGGACGACCGCAGCGAUGACCUGAUCUCGCAGGGCUCCGAGAUCCCUGUGGACAUCACAGACCCAACCCUGUCUGAACGAGAGGCCGCUGCCCUCGAACAGGAAAGGGCCAACUUUGACCUGGAACAAAACAUCCUGGAGACGCGUGCGCUCUGUGAGGACUCGGACUGUGACAGUGCUGAACUGGACCAGUCUGGCAGCGGAGAGCCGAGCCGUCCCCCGAGUGCUGGAGGAUGGGGCCAGGGUCCACAAAACUGAGGCGCACACACACACACACACACAUAACCUGUGCAAUCAUGCACACACACAGACACACACACAUUACAACAGCGCACAGUUUCACUUUUAGUUGCACCAAAGCGAAACUGACACGCAUUUAUGUGAAACACUUGUGCGCACAUGUCAUCCGAGAAUCGCGACAGACACAAAAUGACUAGCCACCUAAAGAACAAACACACUGGUCGUACCCGUGCGGGGUCAGACACUGCCUCGUGACCAGGAUGUAGCCACGGAUAAAGUAGGCAGGACUGCAGGAACUAUGUAAAAAGAUCAAUGCAACGAAACACUUCAGGGCAUUCCCAAUAAUCAGCAAUGAUGUUUCCGUUCGGUUUACGCUGCUGUAGUGCAGACGGACCUCCUGGUGCUGCGUCAGCUCCGGUAACGCCAGGAAGACUUGCGGUUAGCGCUAGCAUUUAAAGUCAAAAUCUGCGUGCGAAAUCCUCUACUACUCCAGUAUGAAGUGAGCCUGGUCAAGUAUGACUGUUCUCCACUGCUUUUAACCCACACAGACACAUUUUGAGCUCUGGGUCUCCUCAGCUGGGUAUGGAAGAUGGAGAGAGUACGGAUUGAUUUCUGCUGGGACUGAGAACAGAACCGGCAACCUUUCAAUUACAAGUCCAGCCAAUAGCGUGUUGUUUUCUAACAGCUCUGCCAGUCAGAGUGGAGAGCUCGAGCGCAUCAGAUGAGCAGCCAA